GCCGACUGGCAGCCAUCUUGAGCAGUUCUUGACGGAAAGAAUAAAGGUAGAUGGUAAAACUGGUAACCUUGGAAAUAAUGUCAGUAUUGAACGCAACAAGAGUAAACUUAUUGUUACUGCUGAUAUAGCAUUUUCUAAGAGAUAUUUGAAGUAUUUGACAAAGAAAUACCUGAAAAAGAACAAUCUGAGAGAUUGGUUACGAGUGGUUGCGUCCAACAAAGAUACAUAUGAGCUGCGCUACUUCCAGAUCAACCAGGAUGAGGAUGAAGAUGACGAAGAUGAAAGUUAAUCUCGGGCAUAUGUUUGCGAAAUUAUUUGUGCUGGUGAUUUUUACAUUGCUGGUCAAAACAAAUAAAUAAAUGAAUAAAGUGAAAUCUUCUGUUGUAUUUCACCUA